CUCUGAUGUAAAGACAAAUUAAGACGGCGCAAUCUUGUAUUCUAUCAUUUUGGUUAAUCACCUCUGAUAAAUUCACUUAUUCCAAUGUCCAUUUUAUUCAAAGUGCGGGAAAAUUUGGCAAAUAGUUAUACUUUAGAUCUUCAUUUUUUACCAGCUAAAGUAAACGGGGACGGUACAACAGACGUAAAUAAUUACUUCAAUUCUUAUACAAGUGUGGAGCAUGACGGCAUUUUAACAAACGCUGUUCGUGGUUUUCCACUAAAGGGUGAAACACUGGAGGUGCCUGAAACACACAAGGCAUUCAUAUUGCAAGAAUCCCAAAAGCCUUUGAAUGCUGAAAACCGCAAUUUAUAUGUAACAGGUAACUUCGAAAAGUUCUGCUACUGGAAUUAUGAUAAAAUACCAACUAAAGCUGACACAUACAAGCAAGCCUUGCAAUUGCUCGAUAUAUGUGAAGAGUUUACUGCAUCUAUAUCAGACACAUCGCUACAAGCUGAGAUAGAGAAAAAAAGGAGAUGUGAAGCAAAGGAAAAUACAUUUUAGCAUGCGUUCCCUCCCGACAGCCGGUUCUACAUUACCGGAACGACUCGUAUUUACUAUAUUAUAUAUCCAGCCAAGGGAGGUCACUACAUCGGCACUCCCGUACAUGAAUGGGGAAUGUUUUAUCCUACAAUAAUAACUUUUUAGCAUUGAAGAUACCGCUUUGUACUGACCAUAUCCAUAAACGACUUAAAAAAAUAUACAUUCAAACUUUAAUUAGAAAAAUUA